UGGUGCGCCACAGUGACGGCAAGUAGUUACUACAUCGACUCUUAGCCGUCGACGAAGGUAACCUUUCCGCUACAAGAACCCUUUCCCGUCGGGCUGAUAACCUUAACGUCUCAAUAUGCGUGAGUGUAUCUCCAUCCAUGUAGGCCAGGCUGGUGUCCAGAUUGGCAAUGCCUGCUGGGAGCUCUACUGCCUUGAGCACGGCAUUCAGCCGGACGGACAGAUGCCUAGCGACAAAACCAUUGGUGGAGGUGACGACUCCUUCAACACCUUCUUCAGUGAAACAGGAGCUGGCAAGCAUGUCCCCAGGGCGGUGUUUGUGGAUCUGGAGCCCACUGUGAUUGACGAGGUCCGCACCGGUACUUACCGUCAGCUGUUCCACCCUGAGCAGCUCAUCACUGGAAAGGAAGAUGCUGCCAACAACUACGCUCGAGGCCAUUACACCAUCGGCAAGGAGAUCAUCGACCUGGUGCUUGACAGGAUCCGCAAACUGGCUGACCAGUGCACCGGUCUCCAGGGCUUCCUGGUCUUCCACAGCUUUGGAGGUGGAACUGGCUCUGGUUUCACCUCCUUGCUGAUGGAGCGUCUCUCUGUUGACUACGGCAAGAAGUCUAAGCUUGAGUUCUCCAUCUACCCAGCUCCACAGGUGUCCACCGCUGUGGUGGAGCCCUACAACUCCAUCCUGACCACCCACACCACUCUGGAGCACUCAGAUUGUGCUUUCAUGGUCGAUAACGAGGCCAUUUAUGACAUCUGCCGUAGGAACCUCGAUAUUGAGCGCCCUACCUACACCAACCUUAACAGGUUGAUCAGCCAGAUUGUGUCCUCCAUCACAGCCUCCCUCCGAUUCGAUGGUGCCCUGAAUGUUGAUCUGACUGAGUUCCAGACCAACUUGGUGCCCUACCCUCGUAUCCACUUCCCUCUGGCCACAUACGCCCCAGUGAUUUCUGCUGAGAAAGCUUACCAUGAGCAGCUCUCAGUGGCCGAGAUCACCAAUGCUUGCUUUGAGCCAGCAAAUCAGAUGGUCAAAUGUGACCCACGUCAUGGCAAGUACAUGGCUUGCUGCUUGCUGUACCGUGGUGACGUCGUACCUAAAGACGUCAACGCUGCCAUCGCCACCAUUAAGACCAAGCGCACCAUCCAGUUUGUGGACUGGUGCCCAACUGGUUUCAAGGUUGGUAUUAACUACCAGCCCCCCACCGUGGUGCCUGGUGGUGACCUUGCCAAGGUCCAGAGAGCUGUGUGCAUGCUUAGCAACACCACAGCUAUCGCUGAGGCUUGGGCCAGGCUUGACCAUAAGUUUGACCUGAUGUAUGCUAAGCGUGCCUUUGUGCACUGGUAUGUAGGAGAGGGUAUGGAGGAGGGAGAGUUCUCCGAGGCCAGAGAGGACAUGGCUGCUCUGGAGAAGGAUUACGAGGAGGUUGGUGUUGACUCCAUUGAGGGAGAGGGAGAGGAGGAGGGAGAGGAGUAUUAAGCUGAUUCAUUCUCCCGAGUCAGCCACUAGUAUGCUUAUCACGUGUCAGGAGAUCUCGGUAGUAUAGAGAGCAUUCUUUACAAGCACCGUCUUGCUUUCUCAUAUCUAUGUUUCGUGUGUCUUUUGAAGUCUGUUCGAUGAUUAUGUGAUGUGUUGAAGGGAUGUCAACGUUGUAGGGAAUGUUUUUCUGACCUAAUGUUACACUCUUGCUCUCUGCUGUGAAAGACAAAACACUCACUAAUCUAAACUCCACUGUCUGUCAUCUUCUGACUGUGAUAUGCAAUAAACUAUUGAGGGAAAUUC